UCCAGAGUUCACUCUCCAACUUCAACACUUUGCUGAAUGCGGCUGUGUUUUAAACCCACAAUCUUUAAUUCUAUACGAACAUCACUUUCUCAUUCGCCCUUGUUGCUGAUUUUGAUUCCAGAUUUCUCCCAUUCUCUUUUUUCUCCGCGUAGAAUAAAGAUAGAAUCUUGGUUUCUUCUUGUCUUCUCUUUUAGCAUUUCUCUAAAUUCUGUGCACAAUUGGCCUGGCUUUUAUCUGUUCUUCAACAGCCCAGCCCACUUCUUCUACACUGGUUUUUGUCACCAACAUAAGUAUAAUCAUUUUCAAUGAUGAGAUGGUCUACUUCAUGUGGAGUUGGACUUCUUUUUUUAAGUUUUGGACUCUUUCUCGCUGACUGCGCCACAUUCCCCCAAAAUGAAGUUGAAGCUUUGAAUUCCUUCAAGAGAGAGAUUUUGGAGGAUCCCUCACAUGUGUUGUCGAAUUGGAACUUUCUCGACUUCGAUCCUUGUGGUUGGCCUUUCAUUGCUUGCUCCGUGGGUGGAGAUCAUGUAAUAAAGCUUAAUGUGUCUGGAAAGUCUUUGAAGGGGUUUAUUACACCUGACUUGUACCAGCUCUCGGGUUUGCAAGAAUUAAUUUUGCAUGGAAAUUUGUUGAUUGGUGCAAUUCCUAAGGAAAUAGGCAUGCUGAAAAACCUCAAGGUUUUGGACUUGGGUUCGAAUCAGCUAACCGGAGCAAUUCCGCCUGAGAUUGGGAACUUAAGAAGCAUCGUGAAAAUAAAUCUUCAAUCUAAUGGAUUGGUGGGGAAGUUGCCUCCUGAACUUGGGAACUUGGAAUAUCUUGAGGAGCUUAGACUGGAUAGGAAUAAGCUUGGAGGAAAUCUUCCUGCUAAUAGUUCAGAUUCUAUCUCGGAUACACGUGGAAUGCCUGCAUCAAACAGCCUGCUCACGGGAUUUUGUCGAUCCUCCAAACUAAAAGUAGCCGACUUCUCAUUCAAUUUUUUGGUUGGAAUCAUACCUAAAUGCUUGGGAUAUCUUCCUAGGACAAGUUUCCAGGGCAAUUGCCUUCAAGACAAAGACGUGAAGCAACGAUCUGCUGCACUAUGUGCGGGUGGCGCGCAACCUGCGAAAGGCCGUUCAGGUAACCCGAAGCACCUGCCUACUGCAGAGGUAGCAAAGAGCCGAACUAAUAAAUCAAAACCUUUGUGGCUUUUGGCUCUUGAAAUUGGUACUGGAACUAUAGUAGGCGUGCUCUUUGUCAUUGCUCUUUUCGUGGCCUCCCAGAAGUGGAAGAGAAGACACUCUGUCAGGAUCCCGUGGAAGAAGUCUUUGAGUACUAAGGACGACAUUUCAAUUUAUAUAGAUUCCGGGGAACUGAAGGAUGUAGUAAGGUACAGGAGACAGGAACUUGAAAUAGCCUGUGAAGAUUUCAGCAACAUCAUCGGCUCGUCUCUGGAUAGCUUAGUAUAUAAAGGCACCAUGAAAGGUGGGCCAGAGAUUGCUGUGAUAUCCCUUUGCAUUAAAGAAGAUCAGUGGUCAGACGACCUCGAGCUUUCUUUUCAGAAAGAGGUGGCUGGGUUGGCAAGAUUGAAUCACGAGAAUGUGGGUAAAUUGCUUGGCUAUUGCAUGGAAAGCAAGCCGUUUACAAGGAUGCUGGUUUUUGAUUAUGCAUCAAAUGGAACACUUUAUGAGCACCUUCAUUAUGGAGAAGCCUGCCAAUUCUCGUGGACUCGGCGCAUGAGGAUUCUUAUCGGGAUUGCCCAUGGUUUAAAGUAUCUUCACGCUGAACUCGACCCGCCGUUUACAAUAUCUAAUAUGAAUUCCGGUUCCAUUUAUCUGACUGAUGAAUUUUCUCCCAAGCUGGUUGAUUUUGAGUGCUGGAAGACAGUCCUUUCCAGAUCAGAGAAAAGCUCGGGCACCGUUAGCAACGAGGGUGCAGUUUGUAUUCUCCCAAAUAAUUUGGAAGGGCGUCAUCUUGAUAUCCAGGGAAACAUAUAUGCAUUCGGGAUUCUGUUACUUGAAAUUGUCAGCGGGAGACCUUCGUACUGCGAGGAUAAAGGAUGCUUGGUGGAAUGGGCUAAGGAGUAUCUGGAUUCGCCUGAAGUGAUUUCACAAGUAGUGGAUCCUGAGCUGAAGCAUUUCAGAAACGAGGAUCUGAAAGUGGUGUGUGACGUUGUGAACCUAUGCAUCGGUCCCAGCACGAGCACGAGGACGUCCAUGGUGGAGCUGUGCACGAUGUUGGAGAGUGGCAUCGACACAUCUGUAGCUGCGGAGAUGAAGGCAUCUUCUCUGGCUUGGGCUGAGCUUGCACUUUCUUCAUAGUGAGUCUUGGUUGAUAGUGUAAAUACAAAUUACUGUAUUUUUCUGAGUUGCAGUAGCAUAUCUCCUUGAGGUGCUUGAGUUCCUGUAAAUGCUCCAUAUAUUAUUAUUUUUAUUUGGAGAUAACUAAAGUUUUGGUUCACUGUAGACUCCUUUUUAUGUUCUUGGUGUUGAAGGAAAGCCUCCUCCCUCAGAAUGAUCAUGAUUUGCAAUUAUGAACAA